AUGAUUCGGCCUCCCCCUCUCAAUCUCAAACGUAUUGACAAUAGAUUUGGGCCUCCAGCGGCUGUGCCGUACUUGCCUCGUCAAUCUAAGCAGAAGAAGACAACCUUCUUCGCUGUGCUUUACAAGGCGAACUGGAGAAAUAUCAUCAUUGCUGUUGCUGGUCUGAACGCUCUGAGAUUUGCGUUGGCUGCUCAUAAUGCACUACAAGAUGCUCGCGUGGACGACAACCAACAUAUUCCUCAGCUGGCUACAAUUUCCAUCGCGCUGGGCGUGAUGUACAUCCUUUCAACUGUCAUUGAGAUCUUUGGCGUCAUAAGCGUAUCAACGAAACGAUUGCCCCUUAUUCGGCUGUACACCUGCUUUGCGCUUCUUGCCUCGGUUUUUGUCACAGUAGCCGGGGUCUUGGAGGCAGUCUCGUACUUUGUCUUUGCCGAGGACCUGAUGUACGAGUGUGUCGCGUUGGCUAUCAGAGGACAAUCUUACCAGAAAUCAACUUUCCGAGGCCGACCGUGGCCCGGAUCCAUCUACGCCAUUGGACGCAGAGAAGCUCAAAGACAAUGCAUCUCAGCGUGGAUAAACGAAUCCUGGACCCAAAUCGCCAAUUGCUUCCUCUUCGCCUUCAUCCCCGCCGUCAUCUACUUCAUCAUGGCAUACACAUACUACCGUCAAACAACCGACCCAAGACACGUAGGCAACCUUCUCCGCAACCCCGCACGGUCCUCCAGACACGGUUCCGAGUCGCAUCCAGACGUCAACUACGGCCUCGUGCACAGCAACACGUCACGAGCGCCUCUAGUUGGUGACAACAAUACCAGCCACAGACUGAGGUCAGGCUCACGCGUGGGCUCCAAGUCAAAGCAACAGCCCCAACACGCGCAAAGGGGCCCGGGUAGCCUGGUAACCGUGCCCUCCGUUUCCAGGGUCACUGCCACGACUACCCGAGGGCUGAAGAGGGACCAUCGACCCCCAGCGUUGAUGAAGAGCGCGUCGCCGGUGUUCAGUGGGGAGUAUGGAUAUGUAGCAAGCCCUGGACCUCCAACGUAUAGUGCGCAUGCGGGUGCUACGUAUGCACUUGGCCAUGGUAUGGUGGGGACUGGGAGCUCAAUUCUUAGUGCGGGGUAUAGUAAGUACCUGUGA